AUGUCGUUGAAUACUUUUAAAAUUACCAGUUCAAGAGCAAGUUAUACUGCUACUUUACUCAAAAAUGGAAAUAUUACUUAUAUUGGUGGUCGUUCAACAUCUGAUUAUAUUAACAUGAAUGAGAUUCAAAUAUUUGAUACUAACUCUUUGAUUUGGUAUAAUAUUAUUGCCGUCGGAGGUGAUUCUAUUGGAAAUCCUCCUAUCGUUACUUUGUCCUCUACAUCAGGAAGUGAAUGGAGUUGA